AUGAGGCCCAAGACUUGGACGGAGAUCGCUUUCGCGCUACUUCCCACCACCCAGUUCCCACUUCAGCUCGAGAUCCUAAGAAACAGGGUGCUCACAGGAAUUCUGCUGGAAGCAGGGUCCCCGUUCGUGGUCACGAGCUGGGGGCUCAAGAGGAGGCCGCAGGAGGCAAGCCUGGAGACCAUGGAGGAGCGCGGUGGCCCGAAGGACGCCAAGGGGGUGGCCGCGUUCAAGGGAGACAAGAGUGGCAACGGCAAAAGGGGCAAUCCAAGCAAGCAAGCAAGCAAGGCGAAAACGCAGGGGCGGCGACGUCGGCAGGAGAACAAGAGUCAAGAGCCGCCCCGCGGGCCACACCAGCGAGGAGGUGGCUCAAGCAGCGACCACGCAGACUGCGCCACCGCGAUCAGCAGCCUCCAGAAGUUGGCGCUCAGGACGGCCCUCGUGGCCAGAGAGCAGCAGCAUCUGCUGUCGGAGCUCUGGCUGAUCCCAACCUCACGUUCGCCAUUCAAAGCGGGAGCGCGGGAAGGACUGGAGCACGCAGUCAGACUCAGGGAAGCAGGGGAGAAGCACAAGCUAGGCCCCCCAACCCGCCCACGUCGCAGUUGCUACGAUCGGGAGAUCAAGAAUUGCCUGACAGAGACGAUGAAGCAGGGAGUGCCAGACAGAGCGCUGGAACGGGGCCACGAGGCGCUGGCGCACUGGCUCGACCUGGCGCACCACGAGAGGGGGAUGGAGUUCGUGACGGAGACGCUGAAGAUGUUCAAGAUAGCGGAGGCAGGAGGACGACGAGAAGGGCAAGGGGAGCUUCUGUACAGCAUCGAGCCGCUGCCGAGCAUCCGCGCGGCCAUGCGGGUGGAGAGGAUCGCGAAGAUGACGCGGGGCGCGGAGGCGACCGGCCACGGGCCGGGGGCGGGGAUCGAGCGCGCGGCGGAGAGGCAGCUGCAGAGCCAGAACAAGAGCAAGUAG